CGGGGGGAGCCGGGCUCCCACAGCGCACCGCGGCGGGGCCUGGGGCGGCCCCGGGGGGUCCUGGGGCAGAUUUAGGUGGUCAGGCAGAGACCUAGGGGCCUCAAGAGCAAAUAUGGGGGCCCUGGCCCAGGUUUAGGUGGUUAAGUGGAGAUCUGGGGUGCCCUGGGGCUGAUUUGGGGGGGUCCUGGGACAGAUUUGGGGCCCCUGGCCCAGAUUUGGGUGGUUAGGGGCAGGUUUGGGAGGUCUUGGGGCAGUGUUGGGAGUCUCUGAGGAAGAUUUAAGGGUCCAAGGGACAGACUUGGGAGGUCCCACGGUGGAUUUGGGUGGUUUGGUGCAGGUUUGGGGGGUCCUGAGCCAGACUGGGGGGCCCUGAGGCAGUUCAGAGAGGUCCUGAGGCAGGUUCAUGUUGUUAGGUGCAGAUAUGGGGGGUCCCUGGGGCAGAUUUGAGAGGUCCCGAGACAGAUACAGGUGUUUCAAGGCAGAUACAGGUGGUUAGGUGCAGAUUUGGGGCAUCCUGGGGCAGAUACGGGGGGCUCUGAGGCAGGUUUGGGUGGUUAAGUGCAGAUCUGGGGGGUCGUGGGUCAGUUCUGGGAGGCCAUGAGGCAGAUUUGGGUGUCUGUGGGGCAGAUUUUGGAUGUCCCAGUGCAGAUUUGGGUGGUUUGGUGCAGUUUUGGGUGUCCUUAAGGCAGAUUUGAGGGGUGCAGGGGCAGAUUUGGGGUGUCCCGGGGCAGAUUUAGCUGGCUAGGUGUGGAUGUGGGGGGCUUGGGGCAGUUUGAGCGGCUGGAGGGCAGACAGGGAGGGCUCCGGGCGUGAUGUCGGGUCCUGGCUCAGCCCCGGGGCUCAACAGCGGGCGCAGGGGCCCCAUCCCCCCGCCCUGCCGCCGCUGCCUGGCCCCGGGCCGACCUCUUGGCCCCGAUUCCUCGUGGUUUUGGGGCAGCCGCAGGCGGAAGCGGGCGCGGGGCGGGCGGCUCGACCUGCGCCGUCGCAUCCCUUGGCAGCGGCGGCUCCGGCAGCGGCCCCUCGUUUUCACGCGUCGAGGAGGCAAAACGAUCCCCGCCGAGGCCGGCAGCGCCGUCGGGAGCUGGACGUGCCGGGGAGGAACCGCAGGAGCUGUUCGAAGCCGUCCAACCCUGGCAAGGGUUCCGGUUGGGCGUCUGCCCAGGGCGACACCUCAUUCCGCCCCAUUUCCACCUCUCUUUUGGUGAUAUCCCUGUAAUUGGGGAGCGAGCCCUGGGAAAUGAUGGCCCGUGGCAGAGGAGCCGGUUUCAUGCGGAGCUGAGCUCCCGGCGCUCUGUUUUUUGGGUGGAAAAAGUCUUUUUUGUGCUACGAGGGAGAAAGAAAACCCAACCCUGAUUUGUGCUCGGGACUUUCUGUCAUUUCCUUCCUGGGUGAUGAAACGUCUUGAGCAAAAUCCUUCCUCUUCUUCCCAUCGGAGAGCUCCUGCGCCUCGGGGUCUGCGCGGCGGGGCUCUCCCUCAUCCAGACCCCGGAGGAGGAGGAUGAGGAUGAUGAGGCUGGGGUUUCUCCUCGUCGUGGCGGGAGCCGUGGCAGCGCAGAGGCUCGUGCCGCCCCUUGGGCUCUUCACUCAGUGGGGUGAGGGUCCCCCAAAAGUCAGCUGCAUCGCCCCGCGGAGCUACGCUGGCAGCACCUUCGAGCUCUUCGCGGUGGGCGCCGGCGACCCCACGCGGAGCGUCUCGGCCAAGCCGGACCAGCACAUGGUUGAUUUUACCCUGGACGGGGCCGUCCCGGCGUCCCGGUGCUACCAGUGCCGGUACCGGAGCUAUAACGGCAGCGCCUGGCAGACGUCGGAGUUCAGCGCGGAGAUCGUGGUGAACGCUUCAGGUGACGCCGGCUGUCAUCCCCCCACCGCCGCCCCGACCGGCCGUCCCCUACCCACCUCCACCACUCUGCAGCAAGAUCGCCCCUGGCUUCUCCCGGUCGCCGUCGGCGCGGCCGUCCUGGUGCUGCUGCUGCUGGCGGUGGCGGCGGUGACGGCCUGGCGAGUCGAGACCAGGAGACAGCGGGCAAAGAGGCAGGAGGCGUCUUGCUGGACCGAAACGCGGUUCCCCACCACCGAGCUUUCCUAUGACAACUGCGCCUACGCCGUCGGCAUGAACACGGAGGCGGGAGCCGGCGGCAGCACCGGCACAUCCCCGGCAUCCCCGCAGAGGCACCCCCCGGCGUCCCCCGCCCCGGCGUCCCCCGCCCCGGCGCCCCACUUCAGCACCUUCAGGUCGUUGGCGUGAGCCCCGGUGGUGCCGCCUCUGCCGGCGCUCCCCGCGGCACCGGAGCCCAGCUCCCUCCCGACCGCGAGGGAAGGGACUCUCUGAACUCGGGGUGGGCGAGACACCGGCCCCCCGCAGCACCGCGCCGGCCCGGGGACGUGCCAGGGCCUUCCCGGAGCUGCCGGUGGGACCCCCGGCACGGGAGAGGUGCCGACGCACCGCUGGCAAAUGACCUUCGUCCUCCUCUUCCUCCUCCUCGCACCUUCGCCUCCGGCGAGGCCGCGGGCGCGCGGCUGGGCGCCCCAAGUCGCGGCGUCGCGGUGCCGGCGUGUCUCUGCCGCCGGGGCCGGCUCUGGUUCCAAUAAAGGCGUUUGCUGCCUGGUGCCGGUGCAGGACGCGGGUGCCGCGUGCCCGGUGCCGUGUGCCGUGCCCGUUACCCGGCGC